UCGGCCGGCCCCUAGCGAAUUGAGCUUAAAUUAAACUUCCCAGCAAGCAGCGCGCUAGCCUGGGAAUCGGGAGAAGAUGGCGGACCCAGAAAGUGUACGGCCGGCUGCCGCUUCACCGGCCCCGAUUUCUUUCGGUUUCACUCGCACGUCUGCCCGGAGGCGACUGGCAGACACCGGAGACGGAGAAGGACGGGCCUCGGAGGAGAAAGAUUUCUUGACGACCGUGGAAGGGAGGGAGCUGCACAGUGUGAAUCCUCCAGAAGCCCCCAAGGAACUGGUCAUCCCAUUGAUCCAGAAUGGGUCUCGAAGGCAACCAAUGCCCAAGAGCUCCAAGCCAUCCUCAGAAACUAGGACUGUGUUGAUGUCAGAUGGUGUGCUCUCCCUGGCUGUGAAGGAGCUCAUUGAGGAAUCCAAGAAGUCUCUGGAGGAGAGGGAGAAUGCAGGUGUUGACCCCACGCUCACUAUCCCCAUGAUCCAGAAAGGAUGCAAUCCCAGUGAAGAAGGACCAGACAGCGAACCUCAGGCUGAGACAGUUCCGAAGGAAGCUGACUAUGAGGCAGUCCCUGUGGAGGCCUAUGGGCUGGCCAUGUUGCGAGGCAUGGGAUGGAAACCUGGCAAGGGCAUCGGCAACACUUUCAGUCAAGUAGUGAAGCCCCGAGUCAACUCUCUUAGGCCCAAAGGCUUAGGGCUGGGUGCCAACCUGAUGGAGGCCCAGGCCUUGACCUCCACUGCCUCUCACCACCCACCAAGACCAGAUGGGGAUCGAAAGAAAGAUAAGGAAGGCCAGCCUCAAGGGUUGAUGCCUGGAGGAGCUGUGGUGGUCCUUUCUGGCCCUUACCGGGGCCUCUAUGGGAAGGUAGAAGGCCUUGAUCCUGACAAUGUUCGGGCCAUGGUUCGUCUGGCAGCAGGCAACCGCGUUGUGACUGUUAGUGAGUAUUGCCUACGGCCUGUUUCGCAGCAGGAGUUUGAUAACCACGCCUCACAGCCAGGCCACGUGAGUAAAACUUCCACAGAGCAGCACAGAACAACUGGAACAGCCCUGUCAUUGAAAGCCCUCCAGAAUCAGGAGGACUCAAGGAGGCGGCAGAAGGAUUCAGAGAGGAAGCGGAAACACUCCCCAGACAGGCAGGAUGAAGCGGUGGCAAAGAGUGAGAAGGCCGCCGCUAAGAACACGCACUGGCUGCACAGGGACUUACGUGUGCGCUUCAUUGACAAACUGCACAAGGGGGGCCGGUAUUACAACACCAAGAUGACGAUUGAAGAUGUCCUCAGCCCAGAUACUUGUGUGUGUCGGACAGAUGAAGGCCGAGUUCUAGAAGGCGUGAGAGAAGGCAUGCUGGAAACCCUGAUUCCCAAGGGCGAGGGCCACCGUGUGAUGGUGGUGCUGGGACCACACGCUGGAAAGGUGGGACUUCUUCUGAGUCGGGACAGCGUGCAGAGUCAGGCUUUGGUACAACUUGGGAGAGAGAAUCGGGUGGUGGAGCUCCACUAUGACACUAUCUGCCAGUACGUAGGCCCCAGUGUCUCAGAUGAAGACUGACAUGUGGAGCACUGCCAGCACCUAGGCUGUCACGAGUUGUGUAGCAGUCUACACCGGAUGCCGUGGAGAAGAUGGGGAUAAUUGUUCUGUCCUCCUUUGAGGUACAAGGACAGGAACGUGAGUACACAGACCAGACUAUUUACCAAAAUUUAGAGUGUAAUAGAGUUCAUUUUAAAAAGUGGGAAGAUAAAAUCCAAACCAGUGUGUGAGCUGGGAAUUCAGGUGGGAACUGAGAUGACUGAGGUAGAACUACUUCAUUUCUUAGCCUCGUGUCCCUGCUCAGGGUACAGGACAAGUUAAAUUACCCAUCCAAUACAGAACUCACUCUGGGAACAUAGAAACUAUGAACUCUGUCCCCAGACAAACACCAUAGGAUCUCCAGUGCUACAUCUCAGAACAACUUCCUGAGUUUGGGUCUGGAAUGGCUUUCAAAGGCCCAUGCCUUUCUUUUUUUAAGAUUUAUUGGAUUUUUAGUUAUAUGUAUGUGUGUGCCUGGGUGAGAGUGUGUGAUUAUGAGUCCGUGAGUGUUGAGUCCCCCUGGAGCUGAAGUUACAGGAAAUUGCAAGCUGUUGGACAUGGGCGCUGGGAACCAAACUUGGGUCCUUGGAAAGAACAGCAAUGCUCUUAACCACUGAGCCAUCUCUCCAGCCCAUAUGUCCAUAUCUUAAAGGGUUCUUGCCCAGGAUGAUGCCAGUAGCACUUAUUUCUGACCUUUGAAAGAUAAAGGCCUGGUAGAGAUUACUUAGGUCAUGACUUAGAACCUCCAAAACUGUGAAGGGAAACAGACCUCUCCUCCUUACACUUCCUUUAUGUCUGGUAGUUUGUCAGAGUAAGGGAAACUGCCUGCUGCUCCCACUGGGAGCUCUAGUAGGGGCGUCUGUCAUCCUUAAUCCAGGGCAGAUCUCCAGAAAUGUCACUGAGCUGAUGAUGAUGCACUGAAGAGAAAUGGAGACUUAUGCCCACAGAUGGGAUGGCUUACUUCUAAUCUCCAAAGGAGCCAGUCACUUUUAGUCCCAAAACAUUAGCUUGGAGCUUAAGAGGUAUUUCUGACUCAUGCAGUUUCUCUGCUUGCCCUAGGUGACUAUAUUUUAAAAAAGGUUAUUGUCGAGAGUCCUGAACCUCUUUCCUGCUUAAUGGCCCAAGAUAAAAGUCAACAAGAGAAGUCAGAGCCUUAGGGGCUGGAGAGAUGGCUCAGUAAUUAAGAAGUCAAAACCUUAGACACAGCUGCUUCUAAAUUAUCCUUGAAGCUUAAGUCAUUCAUGCAGUAAAUGAUAUUUGACUUAGAUCUGAGCCACAGGUAAAAAUACCUAAUUUGCUGGAUGGUGGUGGCGCACGCCUUUAAUCCCAGCACUCGGGAGGCAGAGGCAGGCGGAUCUCUGUGAGUUCGAGGCCAGCCUGGUCUACAGAGUGAGUUCCAGGAAAGGCGCAAAGCUACACAGAGAAACCCUGUCUCAACGCCCCCCCCC